GACUUCAUGCAAGGGCACCUUCUCAGGCUCCCUUCCUAAGGAGCGGGCUCUCCUCACCCAGGUCUGCAGACUCCCUGACCCUCUGCUCUCUCCCUGUUCCCUGCAGGAUGAAGAUGAGGCGCUACAAGCUCUUUCUCAUGUUCUGUAUGGCCGGCCUGUGCCUCAUCUCCUUCCUGCACUUCUUUAAGACCCUGUCCUAUGUCACCUUCCCCCGGGAACUGGCCUCCCUCAGCCCAAACCUCGUGUCCAGCUUCUUCUGGAACAAUGCCCCCGUCACGCCCCAGGCCAGCCCGGAGCCGGGUAGCCCCGACCUGCUGCGAACGCCGCUCUAUUCCCACUCGCCGCUGCUCCAGCCGCUGUCCCCGAGCAAGGCCACCGAGGAGCUCCACCGGGUGGACUUCGUGCUGCCCGAGGACACCACCGAGUAUUUCGUCCGCACCAAGGCCGGAGGCGUCUGCUUCAAACCGGGCACCAAGAUGCUGGAGAAGCCCCCCUCUGGGCGGCCCGAGGAGAAGGCCGAGGGGGCCGACGGCUCCUCGGCCCGGGGCCCGGCCCGGCACCUGCUGAGCGCCCGCGAGCGCUCGGGGGCCCGCGGCGCGCGGCGCAAGUGGGUGGAGUGCGUGUGCCUCCCGGGCUGGCACGGGCCCAGCUGCGGGGUGCCCACCGUGGUGCAGUACUCCAACCUGCCCACCAAGGAGCGCCUGGUGCCCCGGGAGGUGCCGCGGCGGGUCAUCAACGCCAUCAACGUCAACCACGAGUUCGACCUGCUGGACGUGCGCUUCCACGAGCUGGGCGACGUGGUGGACGCCUUCGUGGUGUGCGAGUCCAACUUCACGGCCUACGGCGAGCCGCGGCCGCUCAAGUUCCGCGAGAUGUUGACCAACGGCACCUUCGAGUACAUCCGCCACAAGGUGCUCUACGUCUUUCUGGACCACUUCCCGCUGGGCGGGCGGCAGGACGGCUGGAUCGCCGACGACUACCUGCGCACCUUCCUGACGCAGGACGGCGUGUCGCGGCUGCGCAACCUGCGGCCCGACGACGUCUUCAUCAUCGACGACGCCGACGAGAUCCCGGCGCGCGACGGCGUGCUCUUCCUCAAGCUCUACGACGGCUGGACGGAGCCCUUCGCCUUCCACAUGCGCAAGUCGCUGUACGGCUUCUUCUGGAAGCAGCCGGGCACCCUGGAGGUGGUGUCGGGCUGCACGGUGGACAUGCUGCAGACGGUGUACGGGCUGGACGGCAUCCGCCUGCGCCGCCGCCAGUACUACACGAUGCCCAACUUCCGCCAGUACGAGAACCGCACGGGCCACAUCCUGGUGCAGUGGUCUCUGGGCAGCCCCCUGCACUUCGCCGGCUGGCACUGCUCCUGGUGCUUCACGCCCGAGGGCAUCUACUUCAAGCUCGUGUCCGCCCAGAACGGCGACUUCCCUCGCUGGGGCGACUACGAGGACAAGCGGGACCUCAAUUACAUCCGGAGCCUGAUCCGCACGGGGGGCUGGUUCGACGGCACGCAGCAGGAGUACCCUCCGGCCGACCCCAGUGAACACAUGUACGCCCCCAAGUACCUGCUCAACAACUACGCCCAGUUCCGCUACCUGCUGGAUAAUCCCUACCAGGAGCCCAGGAGCACAGCGGAAGGCGGGGGACGGAACAGGGGGUCCGAGGGAAGGCCACCCGCCAGGGGCAAAUCGGAUGUGGUUGAAGGUUGAGGCUGCGUGACCUUAAAGAGCCAGUGGCGGGUUGGGGGUGGCUGGCGGUCCAUCCUGUGGUUUCUCUGCCUCCCUCUGCCGGCCCGGCUGGGUCCCCCAGAGGACCCGGAGUGUGGAUGGCUGGGGAGCCUUCCCUCCUCCAGCCCUUGGGAACUGAGGGUCAGGCCUGUGAGCUCACGAAACAUCCUUCCAUAUCAGGAGAAGGGAGUCCAGCCCUUCUGUCCACCAGGAGUGCUGUGGCCCGGAGAGUGCAUGAUGGUUACUGGGGAGCAGGGGGGGGCGGGCAGGGUUGGGGAAGGGAAGCUGCAGCAUGAGCUCUCCAGGCUAGCCCCCUGGGAGCUGCAGGGGGGGGGCCCCCUCCAGGGAGGAACCUGCCAUUUGGCCUCCUGGGGCCUUCUUUGGACCUGCAGUGGGGAAGUGGCAUGCCAGGAGCGCCUGCGGCUCUGUAAAUAGGUGCAUUUGGGGUCCAGGAAGAAGAGGAGACACCAAGGGCGGAGAGGGCAUAAAGCAGCAGCUAGCUGGGAGGAGGCGCAGUGUUCUCAGGAGAGCUGAGCCAGAGGGGGCGGAGAGCUCUGCCCCCCUGCCCCGCACCCCUGCGCUGGAUAGCACCUGUGGUGGGGGAGGCCUGGAGUCUUCGGAAGCCCAGGGAGUCUUCCUUUUGCUUCCAAACCUGGCCUUGACCAUCCUUCUUUCUUUUUCUAACUGUUGUCCUGUGGGCUGCCCACUCAGCCCUCGCAAGGCCAAGAGUCCGGCUCUCAGGGUGAGAUGGGAGCCAGAGGCUGGGCCAUCAGCCAGCCGAGCAGCUCGGGCCUGGGAGGGGGCCCAGCAGAGGCAGAGGUUCUCCCCAGCACCCCUUCCCACUGGACCCCACAACCCAGCACUCCACCGUCUCUGGUAGAGUCACCCUUUGCCCCCACCUUGGGGCUGGCUAGAGCCAGAAAGGGCCCUCGAGGCUGCCUGGGACCAGGAAGGACUUUACGGCCAGUUGUAUGUCAUCUCAGUUCCCUUAGUUUAUCUCAUGGGGGCAGGGGAGGUAUCUCAGCUGCUGUCAUUAAGAGGCCCCCAAAUACAGUGGCAUAAGCAAGACAAGCAUGUUUCUGGCUUAACUGUCUACAGAGAGAUGGCCCAAAUCCAGUAGGGCAGCCCUGCUUUCCUUCAUACACACCUUCCAGUUCUGGACAGAGUGGCGGCUUCAGCGCCCACCCUCGUGUGUGCAUCCCAGCCUGGGAGUAGCAGAGAAUGGCAAGAGAAGCCCAUGUCCUUUCCUGUUAAGGGCAUGAGCCAGAAUGGCGUGGUCACUUCUCAUCGCAUCUCACUGGCCAGGUCUUAGUCACAUGAUCACAAGCAGCUGCAGGGGAAGCUGGGAAAGGUAGUCUUCAGCCACAUGCCUAGCCUCAGCUCGCAAGUUCCCUUAGUAAAGGACAGAGGAGAGAAUGGAGACAAGGAGCAUCUUUGGCACAAAGGGAGGGGGAUGGGGAGAGAGCAGCAGAGUGACUAACGCAGUCCUAGGAUCCUACAAUCAAGUUCAGAGCUCUUAGACGCACUUGCUCCUGCCCCCAUUCACUGUCGGUCCGGGGGGGGGUGGUCUGUGGGAGCCUGCAGUUGAAGGAGGGGUGAGACACGGCCCUCCUGAGGUCCCCACAGAUGUUCACCCAGCGACACCAGGAUGCGAGCCUGCCUGUGGAUGGUACAUGUUUGUGUGUGCGUGUGUGUAUUUAUGGGCAUGUGUGCAUGCUUGGUGUGUACCUGUAUGUGUCUGUUUCGGGGUGUCCCUGUAAAUAUAUGCUUCUGUAUGGAUGUGGGGGCAGGGCCCAGGCCUCCCCUUCCCCAGGACCUCGAGCCUGUGGCCCUCGGCUCCCUAUAGCUCCUCCGAAGUGACUGAGGCACAAAGCCCUUGGGGAGCCUAGAAAGCAAGGCUAAAGGGGAUGUGGGGUCUGUCUGUCUGUCUGUCUUUCAGUCCAAGGAAUGAGAAUCCUCCUGGCCUGAGGGCUGAGCAUCUAAGAGCUCACAACCUCCCCAGCCUGUUUUGGUCCCAGUCAUCUCCUUCUGUCCCAUGCCACCCAGCCUGCAGCCAGGACUUUCUCCGGGGGUCUUGUUGGGGUUUCCUGAUGGGCCAGGAGGGGAGGGUGUCUCUGCCAGAGAAAUGUCUGCCGUGGGUGUGGUCUGGGGAGCUGGACACAGAGCUGGCAGGCAUGAAGCAGGUGGAGGGGUCCGAUGGCCUCCGCUCUCCAGGGAAGUCUUUGGGGUGCCCCAAGGGAACCCCUCCCUUGGAGUUACAGCAGUGCCCCCAAUCCCUCUUGGAUUUGAGAAGGGUCAAAGAGGUCAGGAUCUCCUUAUGGCUCUGGGCCAUCCCAGGCCGAGGCCUGCCUUCCCUGCCCCCUCUGCUCACCGCCUGGACCAGCAGUCUCAAGGGGGCUCCUGAAUCGUGCCUGAGCCCCACCCAGCCCAGAGCCUCCCUCCUGGAGGGCUCCCUCACCUCCUGCACUUGGCAGCCGCGGCUGCUAUGGCAAUACCCCCUCCCCAGGCUGGCAGCCGUCCCUGGCCUCCAGUUCACCAGCUCCGGAGCAGGGUAAGGAAGAGGGGGCGAGCUCAGCUCUGCCUGCCCCCACCUUCCCUUUCAGACCCAGAACCCUGUUCAUGGUCACUGCCAAGUGGAGACCUGGCCAUUGGGUGGAGAGAGCAGCCAUCAGGGGGUGGAGGCGGGGCCAAGGUGUGAGGUUGAAGAGUUUCACAUGUACUCACAUUCAGACACUGGGAAUUCUUGGGGGCAGCAGGGGAGCCCCGGGCCACUCCUCCAGUAUGAAAAGAAACCAAACUGUGAAUGUGUGAGGGCCUGCACACUGCUGGCCCUGUCGCCAUAACCAGGUGUCUCUCCCUGGGAACCCCUGGCCCUAUGACCUCUAGACUCAGGAGGCUCAGCCAGCCCACGGGUCAUGUCGGUUCCCAGGGGCAGGAGUGGGGAGGCUUUGGGGGCAAAGGUGACAGUCGGGGAGGGCAGACAAGACUUCCCCAAGCUGAAGGCGGGGCCCUGGGAAAUGUAUAAUUUAAGGACGCCAAUGAUAAUAGUAUUAUUUUUUUUGUAAGGGAAAAUCAAUAUGUACAUUCUGAAAUCAUUUUCUCUGUAAAUGGUUGGAUUUCAUUUCACCCUUAAAGGGAUGCUUAAAGGAAAAGAUAAUAUUAAUAAUAAAAACAGCUACAAAGUCUGAAAA